AUUACUUACAGCAGGCAGUUGAAAUUGCUUCAUAGAACUUUUUAGAACAUCUAUUAUACUUAAAUUACCUUACCAAGCUAAGAUGGCAACUACCAAACCAGAUAAUAAAGAUAAUCCCACAAUUAUGGCCUGUGACUUCGAAAUCGCUGGAAAAUUUCCCAAGGAGGCGUUCGAAAUGUUUGCCGCUGCCCAGGCUAAGAUCUUGGGUAUCCGCGGUUAUAUUAUACAGGUCGCUGACGAUUUAUAUAAGGGUCAGCUGCAGGGUGAGGGCAAAGUGAUAGAAGCAUUUAAGCAACUUAUUGCCACAGCAGCUGAAUACGUGGCUGCCGUCAAGGAGUUUAUCAUAAAGAACCUGAAAAUCAUUGUGGAAUAUACGUAUGACACUUUCGAGGUGAGGAAGAAAAAUUAAUACAUCAGCAGUCAUCUAAAAUUCGAUCGGUAAUAAAGCAAACUCAAAUAUAAAAUUGCGUUAUCUUGA